GGUCUGUGUGACAUUGGAGACGUUGGACUAAGCCCGUACGUAGUCCACCAGAUUUUAGGUAGAACAGAAAUUAGACAUCCCGGCAUUGGCCGUGUGACCUUUCUCCCAUCACAGAAGCUUCAGAGUCCAUUUUUUCAAAUCCAUUUUUCUACUUCAGCACCGUGCUGGACGGAUCUGCCAUACAGGAUAUAUGUUCGGUAAAGGUGCGAAGCGAAAGCUGGACGAGGAUGAAGAGGGGCUGGAAGGCAAAACGCUGGAGGCGCCGGUGGCGGGAGGGGGGCUAGGCGUCACUCCAGAAGGUCUUUCGAAGGUGUCGUACACCUUGCAGCGGCAGACCAUCUUUAACAUCUCUCUGAUGAAGCUGUACAGCCAACGGCCGCUGGGAGAACCCAGCCUGGAGCGCCGCGUCCUCAUCAACAACAUGCUCCGCCGCAUCCAGGAGGAACUCAAGCAAGAGGGCUCCCUGCGGCCACUUCUCCUUCCGCCCUCGCCGCCACCCGACGACCCCAUGGACGAAGGCUUCCGUGAGGCGCCGCCAUCUUUCGGCGUUCUGUCAGCGGCAACGAGCACACAGGUAUCCCAGCCUUCUGCACUGCUGAUGCCAGCGAUUGCUCCUCCGCCUUCACCCCACCCAAUGGUGCCUCCCAACUGCCAGGUAUCCCAGGCCUGCCCCAGCCGUCUGGAGGCCUGUCCUGCCCCUUUGGAGGCCUGCCUCACUCCUGCCUCUUUACUGGAGGAGGAUGGUGGAGAUUCAGCCUUUUGCGCGGUAUCUCCACCCACCCCUCCGCUGUCACCACCCCCAGUGCAGCCUCCCAUUUCAGCACCUCUGAGCCAGGCCCCCUCUGUCCCUGUGCCUGUCUUUUCCUCCUCUCUGAGUGACAUGGAGUUGGGUCCUCCUACAGCCAUAACUAGGACAGCAGCAGCUAAUACUACGACCAUGACUACCUCCCCAGCUCCCACACCAACCACCCAACCCCUCCCACCUACACCCACCGGCUCACCCAGAGACUGCAGGACUACGGGUGCUAAACCAGAGGCAGCUGCCGUUUUCCUAGUGGAAGGCCGCUGUGCUGAGCUCCGGCCAAUGGACGCUCUCCCUGCAGUGCCCCCAGGUGGCCUGGUAGACGUUUCCUCCUCUCCUUCUUGUCCCCCAUCCUCUUCCUCGCCCUCGCCCUUUCUCUCAGACUUGGCGUUGGAUGAUGUCCUGUUCGCCGACAUUGACACAUCCAUGUAUGACUUUGACCCUUGCACGACAGCAGGGGGAGCAGGGGGUGGGACAGCAAGCACCGGCGGCCUCGCCAAAGUGUCGCCAGUGGUGACGGCGGACGACCUACUCAAAUCGUUGGGGGCACCGUACAGCGGCCCUGCCCCCCAGGUUUCAGCCAAUCAGCCUUUCAAAAUUGAUCUGACAGAAUUGGACCACAUCAUGGAGGUGUUGGUGGGCUCCUGACUCAAGGAUGCCCCCCCCAUGAGAAACAGUUUAAUCAGACUGGAAUGAAAACGUGGGAUCGAUUUUUUUCCUGGUUGUUGUUUUUACAUUGUUUUUUUUUUAAACUCUCUUCAAAAGUCGGUAAUUGUAAACAUCGAUGGUGAUGUCAGUUAGUACUACUAUGACAACUACUACUACUACUACACAACACUGUGCAUGCACUGUCCUCGCCUUUCCAAAUAUGGAAAAGAAGUAACCGGGAAACAAACACAUAUAAUUGUAUUUCUAUACUUGUGAGGACCUCCUUUGACUUCCUUCAUUCCCGAAACCUAAUCCUCUUUGUAAUCUUUAACUUUAAUCUAAGCCUUAACCCUAAGGAGUAACUGUAAAUAGAAGCAAUGAAAUUGUCCUUGUUGUGGACAACUCUAUCUACCCUUGUGGGGACACUUACUCCUCACAGGUAAAGAAAUACAAGCAUAAACAUGAGACACACACACACACACUGUAAUUAUGGCUUUUAGCAGAUGAGUGCCUUUCAAGAUGACCACUUAUUCAAUUCCUGUUUUAACAGUAUUUUUUUUUCGUUUUAACAGCCUAGAGAGGUCACUCCUUAAUGUUUUUUGUUUAAUUUAUUGUAUUGAAACUAUCGUUAAGUAAGGUAAUUUCUCAUGAUCAAAUAGUAAUUAUUUAAUCUCUAUCUUAUUACAGAUGCUAUGUUUUGUUUGUAAAGCAAGCAUAAAAAGGAAUAUGUAGUUUUACCAGUGUGCUAGAUGACAUAUUAGCUUGGCUAUACGAUUACAGUUUGGGAGUGGCUCUGCGACACCUCGCCGACGUUUUGGUAAACUCUUUUUUGUACUUCUCCUUAUCAGCAAGCACAUAUAACUGUGCUGGAUGCUGUUUUACAUGCGUUCGGUCAUAUGAGCUGGUUAUCAUGAUUCACUUGCAGCAGAAUUCAAAUGAGCUACACCCACAGGGGAAAGCUCGGCGUGUUUACAUUGGAAGCAACAGCAGAAGCAGCAGCAGCACCGACUCAUGGCUCCCAGUCGGAUGUAGAUGAUGUGAAAAGUGCAGCCUAAGCAGAGGCUUAGGGCUCACUACACGCAUGUUAAAUUUAGCUGCGCAGGCCUGAAAACAAAACAGCUGUUACCCCAUUGCAGGGAAAUUCACUGUGGUACCACUGCAACUCUUGGAAUUACACAAGAAAAAUGUGGGCGGUUAGUAAGACUAUUAUUUUUUGGGUGAGGUUUAGUUCCCUCUGAUUUAGCAACACAGGUGACUGGCAAAUUGUAGCAGGACAUACAGUAUUACACACCCCCUGAGUAUGUUUACUUGUGCUUAGAAUAGAAGCCCUAAAGUGCAAAAUCUCAUGGUUCUGCAGGACAAUUUUGAGAUUGCCUCAAAAAGCUCACGGGCCAGGAGGUCUAAAUCUGACUCGUAAAUAAUAAGAAUGCGGGUGAAGUAGGAAACCCAAACCACAGUGUUAACCUGAUACUGCAACCAUGCAAAGUGUUGUUUCAAAACACUUCCAACCCCCACCCAGCAGAGGUCACCAGUGAAUAUUUAUGGCACUAAAACACAAAACUGGCAGUUAAGUGAUUCUGAGUAACAGUUGUCUGUGGGUUUAUCACUGCAAGGUACAUAUUACACAGAAUCAUCUAGUGAAAGUAUAGAAGGGGCACCAGAGAGCACAGCUUUAAUGUUAGUCACCAUUGUAGCUGCUGUGUGCUGUAUUUUCUCAUCAUACAGCAUCUGUCAGAAGAAGCGUUUCUGGACACUGCAAUGAUCCAGAGGGCCGGGGAAUGCCACCGGUGGCUAUUUUGAUUAUGGAAGCGUUUUUCAGCAAGUCACCAUAAGAACCCCUGAACCCUCGUGUGUUUGCGAGCACAGCUUUGCGGUGGUCUCGCGGUAUCGUUCGAGAACAUUGUGUUCCAGUGGAAGAUCAUCAGCUUCCCAGGGUACAUUUGACUUCAACUAGCUUGUAAAAGAAUGGCAU